ACAACUCAUCAAAUUCUAGCUCCGGUCAAGUCAAUCCCACAGACCAAACCGAGCCUUAACGCCAGGAAGCAGAAGCCCUUCGCUGCUGCUAGGUGCGUGGCUUCAGGCUCGGGUUAUGCAGCGGCAGUGGAGCCAAUCACCCCAGAGGAAGAGGAAGAGCUGACUCAGAGAAGAAGUAUAUGUGGUGGAGAAGCAAACAGAGGAAUGUGGGAGCUCCUCGAAUGCCUUGAGAAAGAAGCUAUCAUGGGGGAUGAUGAUGGGAGAGACCCUAAAGAUUACAGCAGGAGAGCAAAGAUCUUUGACAAGAGUUCUAAAAUCUUCAAGAACAUCAAAGAAGAGAGAGAUGAUCACUCUCCAGAGUAAAACAAAAUUUGUUGCUUAAUCUCUGUUAAAAUGUCACUAGUGUUUGAUUCCUUAUU